GUCUUUAUGCUGUGUGCGGGAAAAAGCUUCUGAGUUCUGACUCAACUUGAGAGCCAAAUGCGUACAGAAAUUUCCAACCCUAUUCUUAGGAUCCCAACAAACAAAGACAAUUUCACCCUUUUUCUUCACACCAAAUAUUCCAAAUCCCCAACAUUAUGAUUAUAGUCCCUAAACGUAGCUAUUACGUUCCUUUUCAUAUCCCCAUUUCCACAAACACAAAACCUUCACACUCAAGCCACAGCCUCAAAAAAACACCCUUUUUCUAUUUCACUAUUUUAUUGCCAAAGUUUCAAUCUUUAUAACCACAUUCAACAUUUCACACCACAAAACCGUUCUCUUUUCUGAAAAUCCAUGGCUUCUGCUGCAAAUUUCAACUUUGAAAUCACCCAAAACAACAUGAUCACUCAACACCCUCAUUGGUAUUCAUCAAAAACUGGAAUUUACAACAGUAUACAUACUCCUAGAAAUCUUCCAACUGACCCUUUUCUUGACAUUGUUUCCUUCAUUUUUUCACACUCUCAUGAUGGGGUUUUAGCCCUUAUUGAUUCUUCAUCUGGGUCUUCCAUUUCUUACUCAAAGUUGUUACCUUUAGUCAAAUCCAUGGCUUCUGCUUUACACAAAAUGGGUGUUUCACAAGGUGAUGUUGUUUUGCUUCUACUUCCAAAUUCAAUUUAUUACCCUGUUAUACUAUUGGCUGUUCUGUAUUUAGGUGCUGUUUUUACACCAUUGAAUCCUCUUAGUAGUGUUGGCGAAAUUCGUAAACAGGUUCAAGAGUGUGGUGUGAGUUUUGCUUUUACUAUACCUGAAAAUGUCAAGAAACUAGAGCUAUUAGGUGGCAUUAAUCCCAUUAUUGCUGUGCCAGAAAAUGAGAAGGAUUUGAGGAAUGACGGUUUCUCAAGUUUCUUUAACCUUCUUUAUGGUAAAUUUGAUUUGCCUCAAAGGGUAGUUAUUAAACAGGAAGAUACUGCUGGUAUAUUGUAUUCAUCUGGGACUACAGGUGUGAGUAAAGGAGUUGUUUUAACUCAUAGAAAUCUUAUUUCUAUGGUUGAGCUUUUUGUGAGAUUUGAAGCUUCUCAAUAUGAUUACUCUUGUUCCAAGAGUGUGUUUCUAGCUGUUUUGCCAAUGUUUCAUGUGUAUGGUUUAUCGCUCUUUGCUGCGGGAUUGUUGUCGUUGGGCUCUACAGUCAUUGUAAUGAGGAAAUUUGACAUUGACGAGGUUAUUAGGGUGAUUGACAAAUAUAAUGUUACACACUUUCCUGUUGUUCCACCGAUGUUGUCGGCAUUGACAAUGAAGGCAAAGGGUGUUAAUGGAAUUAAGUUGCAGAGUUUGAGACAGGUCUCUUGCGGUGCAGCGCCUUUGAGCAUAGGAGUUAUUAGUAGUUUUGUCCAUGCUUUCCCUAACGUUGAUUUUAUACAGGGUUAUGGAAUGACCGAGUCGACUGCAGUGGGAACACGUGGCUUCAAUACUGAAAAGUUUCACAACUAUUCGUCAAUAGGGUUGUUGGCUCCAAACACGGAGGCAAAAGUGGUAGACUGGAACAAUGGUACUUUUUUGCCCCCAGGCAGCUGCGGUGAGCUUUGGUUGAGAGGGCCUUCUAUUAUGAGAGGAUACUUGAAUAAUGAGGAAGCUACUAUAUCAACAAUUGAUAAAGAUGGUUGGCUACAUACAGGAGAUAUUGUUUAUUUUGAUCAGGAUGGAUAUUUACAUCUGGCUGACCGCUUGAAAGACAUUAUCAAAUACAAGGGAUUUCAGAUUGCUCCUGCUGAUUUAGAAGCCGUGUUAAUUUUGCAUCCUGAAAUAAUUGAUGCAGCUGUUACAGCUGCCGAAGAUGAAGAAAUUGGGGAAAUUCCAGUGGCGUUUGUUGUCAAGAAGGUUGGAAGUGUACUUUCUCCGAAGGAUGUGGUCAAUUAUGUUGCUGAGCAGGUUGCUCCAUACAAGAAAGUCCGGAAGGUGUUCUUCACCGACAAGAUACCAAGGUCUCCGACUGGGAAGAUCCUCCGAAAGCAACUCAGGCACUGCUUGACUUCUAAACUCUAAGGCAUUUUUUUAAUGCAUGAUACUGGAAAAUUACCAAAGAAAGACAAUACAUGGCGGGUUACCAUAACAUGAAAUUGGUGGACUGUGAUUUUUUUAGUACAUGCAUCAUGAGUACAUCUUUUUAAAGGAAAGAAGAACAUUGUGUCUAAAUAUUAAGAUACCAAAAUUUCUAUUCUGCACAUUUUAUUUAUACUUAUCAAUGACAGAGACUAUAGAAAGUUCAAAAACCAGAAGGAAAAAAAACCAUCAGUUACUCUGCCCUGUACACCUUUAGUCAGUUAUAGUAAGAGAUCCUUGUAAAUGCACUAGAGAAAUUACUUUUGAACUCUUGAUGCAUGGAAGCUCACAAGAAUAGUUAUGUGUAAAAUUAUAAACACAACAAUAUUAUUUGUGCCUGUUGUGUCAUACUUUUCAAUUCAGUGGUUAAGAUUUUUGGUGGUGUAAGGUGCUUUCACUUGAAAUCUUUGACAAUGUUAUUAUUA